AUGAGCAUAACAUCAGAUAUGUUCAGUGUGGGAUAUCUAACCGGAGAGGAGUGGCAAACCAUCCAGUAUCGAACACACGAGGAGUUCGAUCCGCAUCGCCGAGGGACAUGGAAGUAUUUCCAAGUCAGAGGUCUUGAGCCCGCUUGGGCACUAUCCAAGUGGCAUUUGCCCCAAGAAGUAGCUCAGCAAGAAGCGACCCUCUCGCCGAACGUGAUCAAAGCAUUAAAGGGUCGUCGAUUCUGGUGGAAGUCUUUAUCGAGAGGCGAAAAUACUUCUGAGGAGUUACCGGCGAUAGAUGAGUACGAGUCUGAUCGUUUUCUCCUGAGUUAUGGAGGUCGUUCAAGAAGAGAUCCGUCCAACGAUCAUGCAAUACUACGAUUCCAAGAACUGGAGUCAUUCGCCCUAUCACAUGGUGAAGGAUCCAAUGGACUAUGGCACAAAGCUUAUAAAGUCAUUAGAAAACACAUGCUCGGCUUCACCGAUGAUCGAGAGGAAGCUGACUCCGGCACUUUCACAUAUCUCCCACUCACGUAUCCUCGUUUCUACCGGUCCGCUAGGCCCAGCGGAAGCAUAUUGCCUUCUGAAGUUGGUAUGUCGCCUGCGACGGUGGUACCCGUUACCUGGGGAUCGGAUGUGAUAGAUAAUGAGCAGACUGAACAUACAGUCUAUCCCGUCGAAGGUACGAGACCUCCUGGAUGGACAGGAACCGAGGAGGAUCUCGAUACUCAGGAAUAA